AUGACUUCUGUUGCGCGCUUAGCCUGUCGGUCAAGACUGGUCCUACCUGUCUCUCAGCGCUGUGGUAUCCACACGACUGCGGUGGCGCGUAGUGAAGCUACAUCAACUGUUGGCGCUGUUCAGGUCCAAAAGAAACCAGUUGGAGGUUUCCGUGGAGGAAUUGUUGGUUUUUUGUUUGGAUUCUCUCUGGCAUCCUCCUUUGCCGCAUACCACCUACUUGAUGAAUAUCAGAAAGCCUCAGCCGCGCUCCAGGCUAGCGUUGAAGAGCUCAAGCUCAGCACCGAGAAGGUCACUGCCCAUGUUCGAAGGAUAGAAUCUGUGGAAAAGGACUUGAAGGCAUUGGCUGAUGCCUCCGCUACUAAAGAAGACAUUUCUAGGGUGCGAACCGAAGUCAAAAAGUUAUACGAUGGACUCCAUGUUGAAUUUUUGGACCUAAGAGCACAUGUAUGGGGUAUCCAACAAGAUCUGCAGAAACUGUCCCAGAAAGAAUCAACCGCAGUGCGGAUUUGA